GUCGACGUGUUCAAACAAAUCUGUGGAAAGUAUGACAGCGUGGCUCGAUCCAGGGUUUCUGCAAACCGUGUCGACAUCGGUUGGCGUGCUCAACGAUCCGUGGGAUAUGUUCCACAGCGAGCCAUCCUCGUCUGUCUUGGACAAGGACUGCUUCUCCAUCGACUUGGACUUGAGCGAAGCGUUGCUGUACGACCCGAUUCCGUACCACAUGACCAACAAUGCUAGCUUUACGCCACCAGCCUUCAACCACCGAACGGGCAUCGCCUUCCACGCAGCGAUGGUACCGUCCCCUGUCCCCAAAAUCGAACCCGUCGAAGCCACGUCCGCCGCCGCCGCCCACCACCACCACCACCAGCAGCAGCACCACCAACCAUUGGAAAUCACCGGCCAGUGUCUCAAACACCAGUGCCACAACUCGAUCGGGUACAGGGGUUUCUGCAAAGAUCACGGCGGCGCUCGAAAGUGCCGCAUCGUGGGCUGCCCCAAGGGUAGCCAAGGACGAAACCUGUGCAUCGCCCACGGCGGCGGCAAGCGCUGCAAGGUCGAGAACUGCCCCAAGUCGGCCCAGUCCCACGGCCUCUGCAAAGGCCACGGCGGCGGCGCCCGCUGCACGUUUGCCAACUGCAACAAGAGCUCCCAAGGCGGGGGGUUCUGUCGAAAGCACGGCGGUGGCAAGCGCUGCGACGUGCCCAAAUGUAAGAAUAGCGCGCAGCGGGGCAACUUUUGCGCCAAGCAUGGAGGGUCCAAGGCGUGCCAGGCGGACAACUGCGCACGGACAGAUCGGGGCGGCGGGUACUGCGAACUGCAUCGCCACUACAAAGUGCUGCGGUUGACCAAGAAGCUGCAAGACGAAAUGGCCGCGAUGUAGAUGUGUAACAACUAAUCAAACUCUUAACUUAUCAUGUA